AUGAGCCGCCAGUUCACCUGCAAGUCGGGAGCUGCCUCCAAGGGGGGCUUCAGUGGCUGCUCGGCAGUGCUUUCUGGGAGCAGCUCAUCCUCCUACAGGGCAGGGGGCAAAGGGCUUGGUGGGGGCUUCAGCAGUCGAAGCCUUUACAGCCUGGGUGGCCGGAGCAUGUCCUUCAAUGUGUCCAGUGGCAGUGGACGGGCAGGAGGCUAUGGGUUUUGUCGGGGCAGAGCCACAGGCUUUGCUGGUAGCAUGUUUGGCAGUGUGGCCCUGGGGGCCUCGUAUCCAUCCACAUACCUGCCUGGGGGCAUCCACCAGGUCACUGUCAACAAGAACCUCCUGGCCCCCCUCAAUGUGGAAGUGGAUCCCGAGAUCCAGAAAGUGCGCGCCCAGGAGAGGGAGCAGAUCAAGGCGCUGAACAACAAGUUUGCCUCCUUCAUUGACAAGGUGCGGUUCUUGGAGCAGCAGAACCAGGUGCUGGAGACCAAGUGGGAGCUGCUGCAGCAGCUGGACCUGAACAACUGUAAGAGGAACCUGGAGCCCAUUUAUGAGGGCCACAUCAGCAGCUUGCGGAAGCAGCUGGAGACACUGUCCGGGGACAGGGUGAGGUUGGACUCGGAGCUGCGGAACAUGCGGGACGUGGUGGAGGACUACAAGAAGAGGUACGAAGAGGAAAUAAACAAGCGAACAACAGCUGAGAAUGAAUUUGUGGUACUUAAGAAGGAUGUGGAUGCAGCUUACAUGAGCAAGGUGGAGCUUCAGGCCAAGGUGGAUGCCCUGGAUGGAGAAAUCAAGUUCUUCAAGUGCCUUUAUGAAGGCGAGAUUGCUCAGAUGCAGUCCCAUAUCAGUGACACAUCUGUCAUCCUGUCCAUGGACAACAACCGGAACCUGGACCUGGACAGCAUCAUCACAGAGGUCCGUGCCCAGUAUGAGGACAUCGCUCUGAAGAGCAAGGCUGAGGCUGAGGCCCUGUACCAGACCAAGUUCCAGGAGCUGCAGCUGGCGGCUGGCCGGCAUGGGGAUGACCUCAAACACACCAGAAAUGAGAUCUCAGAACUGACCCGCGUCACCCAAAGACUGCGCUCAGAGAUUGAAAGUGUGAAGAAGCAGUGCUCCAACUUGGAGACGGCCAUUGCUGACGCCGAGCAGAGGGGUGACUGUGCCCUGAAGGACGCCCGGGCCAAGCUGGAUGAGCUGGAGGGUGCCCUGCAGCAGGCCAAGGAGGAGCUGGCCCGGAUGAUGCGGGAGUACCAGGAGCUCCUGAGUGUGAAGCUGGCCCUGGACAUUGAGAUCGCCACCUACCGCAAGCUGCUGGAGGGCGAGGAGAGCAGGAUGUCUGGAGAAUACACCAAUUCUGUGAGCAUUUCGGUCAUCAGCAGCUCCACUUCUGGGACAGCGGGCGCAGGAGCUGGCUUUGGGCUCAGUGGUACCAGCACCUACGGCUACCGUACCAGCUCUGUUGGCGGGGGCUAUAGUGUGCUGCCUGGGGGCUGUGUCACUGGCAGUGGGAAUUGCAGCCCCCGCGGGGAGGUCAAGGCCAAGCUGGGCAGUGCAAAUGACUUCAAGGAUGCCCCAGGGAAGACUUCAGUUCUGAGCUCACCCACCAAGAAAACCACCAGAUAA